UCAUUAUCACAACCAUGUCUUCUUUUCUGAAGCUUUUCGUCAUCCUAUCCCUGUCAGCAAUAGGGGCAGCAAGAUCUUUAACCGCAACAACAACAAAAAUCCUUCCAACACGUUUAGAAUCAUUUGCUGGAGCAGGAACCAACAACAAAUGUUGGGAGACAAUGUUUGAACUCCAACAUUGUACCGGCGAGAUUGUUGAGUUUUUUAUCAAUGGUGAAACACAACUUGGAUCGGGAUGUUGUGAUGCUCUUCUCACCAUAGCUAAUGAAUGUUGGCCAAAUAUGCUUACCUCUUUGGGACUUACGCAGGAAGAAGCUGGAAUUCUACAUGGUUUUUGCAACGGUGCUGCAUCAGUCACUAAACCGAAUCCACCUUCUGUUACUGCUAAUGCUAAUGCACCUACUCCUAAUAAUUACUAUUAUUGAACUUUCUACUAUUAUGAAAUGUAUUCCACUUUUCCAUCAAUAAAAAUACGGUGAUAUAACAUAGAGCUACUCCUCUCUGUUUUUUUACGCAUAUAUCUUU